GUGGAGGGGUGCAGCAUGCCUGGCCGUGGGUGGCCGGGACACCCUCAGGACCCUGUGCUCUCUCCCAUUCAGCUCGGGGCGGGGCAGACGCCCGGAGAGCUGCUCAGCCCUCUGGUGCUGAACGCAGUGCUGAGCAAGGCGCUGCAGUACAGCCUGCACGGCGACUCCCCGCACGCCGCCAACCUCUCCUUCGCCCUCAAGUUCCUGCCCGAGGCCUUCGCCCCCAACGCCCCCGACGUGCUGAGCUGCUUGGAGCUCAGGUACAAGGUCGACUGGCCUGUCAACAUCGUCAUCACCGAGAGCUGCCUGAGCAGGUACAGUGGUAUCUUCUCCUUCUUGCUGCAACUGAAACUCAUGAUGUGGACACUCAAGGACGUCUGUUUCCACCUCAAACGCACAGCCCUGGCGAGCCCCGCGGCUGGCUCCGUGCAGUUCCGUCAGCUGCAGCUGUUCAAGCACGAGAUGCAACACUUCGUGAAGGUCAUCCAGGGCUAUGUCGCCAGCCAGAUCCUGCACGUCACCUGGUGUGAGUUCCGAGCCAGGCUGGCCGUGGUGGGCGACCUGGAGGACAUCCAGCGCGCCCACGCUGAGUACCUGCACAAGGCGGUCUUCAGGGGUCUACUGACGGAGAGGGCGGCGCCCGUCAUGAACAUCAUCCACAGCGUCUUCAGCCUGGUUCUCAAGUUCCGCAGCCAGCUCAUCUCCCGGCCCUGGGGCCCGGCCGAGCACCCCAACUUCGCUCUCAUGCAGCAGUCCUACAGCACCUUCAAGUACUACUCCCACUUCCUCUUUAAAGUGGUGACCAAGCUGGUGAACCGCGGCUACCAGCCACACCUGGAGGACUUCCUGCUGCGCAUCAACUUCAACAACUACUACCAGGAUGCCUGAGCGCCACACAGAGGUGUCCCCAGAGGGGCCGAGUGACCACGCUAGGGAAUGUCACCGAGCUGGAGUGACACGGCGUGCCACCUGCUCGCUGGGCUUUCACUCACAGACGUGCACCAAAGGCUCCGGCAGGCUCCCUGCGGCUCGAGAGCUCAUCCCUUCUGUGCUGAGGAUCUCCUGUCAGGGUGGACGGCAGUUCGGUUAUCCAUCACGGGCUGAAGGGCACUUCGGUUUCUUCCAAGUGUUGGCAAUUGUGAAUAAAGUUGCUAUAAUUGUGUGCA